AUGAAGGUGUACCGAUCAAACGACGCACGCACGCACGCACGCACGGAAGACGAGGAACAAGGGCACAAUUGCACAGAGGGAACGAACACGAAGAAAAUAAAAGUCCGGGGAUCGAGCGCAAGAGCGAGACCGAGACCGAGAUCGAGAGCGAGCGCGAGUGCGCAUAAUGCAACAGGGGCACAAUUGCACCGAAGAAACGAACACGAAGAAAAAAAGCCCGGGGAUCGAGACCGAGUGCGCAUAAAUAAAAAUUCGACGUGCGUCGAGAUUCGAUUAGUGCAACAGAGGCACAAUUGCACCGAAGGAACGAACACGAAGAAAAAAGCCCGGGGAUCGAGACCGAGACCGAGAGCGUACGGUAAAAACUCGACGUGCGUCGAGAUUCGAUUAGUGCAACAGGGGCACAAUUGCACCGACGGAACGAACACGAAGAAAAAAAAAGUCCGGGGAUCGAGCGCGAGAGCGAGACCGAGUGCGCAUAAAUAA